AAGCAUCAGCUGUACGAUUCGGCCAUGUGGUCGCACCAAGUAGGUACUGACUAAAAUAUUAUUAGAACCACCGUAAACUGCUGGGCGACCAUCCUGCGGUCAAUCGCGCGUUAAGGGUAGAAGCAUUCAAAGUCGAUAGCCGGCGUCGUAUCCCCAAACCCGAUUUCUAUUUAUCAGCGGCACCCGCACCUUAUCCUUCGUACCAUGAACUUAACGAUCCAUAUCUGGAAAGCUAUUAUGCACGACCCAAUAUGCGCAAAGUGCUGCUCGAGCAUGGAAUUAUCCAUCCAAAAGAUUACGAGGUCAUAUUCGGUCCUUCGAAAUCGGGAAAGGCUCAAAGUACACAGGAAACGUUGCGGAAAAUAACUUUGUUGACGAGAGCCGAAAGGCGCGAAGUGGCACCGGAACGAGCACUGUUGCCGUAUCUGCCGGAUGCCAUGCGGCGUUUAGUUCGAGCGGGAACGAAAAUGAACGAAGCAUCCAUGCAGGGUGCCAAGGCUGAAAUUAUGAGCAGACCGCUAGAUUACAUUGUUAUCCGCUUGGAAGAACAAUUACGGGCUGUUAAAAAUGCGGCAUACGAAGCUAAACAGCCAACGGUUAUGAAAAACAUGAAAAAUCUUGGCUUUAAGGAUAUCUAUUACAAAAAUAUUGAUAUUAACAAUGAAGAGGACAUGAAAAAAGUUGCCGUAUUACGCCGGCAACAGAGUGCCUUUCGCCAUUGGGAAGACCGCUAUCACACUCACCACGCUAAGAAACUGGAGAAAACCCGUGCCGAGCGCAUGCUGGAUUUGGAGCAUCACCACACGGAAGCGCCCGAUACGGCACAUUACGACAAGGAACGCGCACAUUCCACCGCUGGUUCACGACUGCGGAUGAAGCUGAACAAGGAACGGGCACUGGCUGAUUGCAGUCGCCGGCGCCGGCAAGAGUCACGCCCGGCAGUGAAGGGCACGCGAAAGGAGACACUGGCCAUCGAGUACCGGCAAAAAGAAGAAGAAAAGCGCCGGGCUUCGCAGCAGCGCAGUCGAUCCAGACGCCGGCCCAGCACCGGACGACCGCGUCCACAUCGGUGCAAGUUCGAGGAUCCCUUCGAGCAAAACAUUCACCGGAAAGCGGCCAAACGAUUAGCGGCUGAAGCGCAGCACAGGAAAAAGCAACAGGGAGCAGAGAGAGCACACAGUGUUUCGCCGGUAGCGAACAGCGAGCCGAGCACAGCAAAAGCGCCGUCGACGACGCGUUCGGCGACGGUGCCGGCAGGAAAAUCAUCGGCACGUCUUCUGGAUUCGUCUCGAUCCAGACAAAAAUCGGAUGUGCAUUCAGAGGUCAAAGAUGCCGACGAUAAGAAUUUUCAAGACAAAGAUUUUCGCUUACCGAAAUCGCCUUCGGGAACGUGGCCCUGGAAGGAAUUGCAGAUUGAAAAGGAGAAGGCGGAGCUGGAGCGUCCGGAUAAGACAGUUGAACCGGAAACGUAUAAUCCAUUGCUCAAAGUUUCAUCCGAUGGGGACAUGCGAUUCGAUACAGCUUCGGAAGAUGUCGAUAUCGGCACAUCAGAACCAGGAAUCUUGCAUACGUCACCGCCUAUUCGCCAACACCCGGCUCUCGACCAUAAAGAGCACCUAACGAGUGACGUGACCGACCAUCUUGCUGCCGGUUUUCUUCGGUCAGGCGAAGAGGGACCUCCUCAAUCCAUAAGUUUUUAUGAUUUUGGACCCAAGCGAGUGCAUGCUGUUGAAAGCGCUGAACUAAAUCCUGACCGUGCCACAGUUAGUUCUCCCUUGGACUAUUCCAGAUCGGCACAAUACGAAGCUUAUGAAUCGUCCCAGAUACCUCCCGAAAGAGAUCCUUUGCCUAAAAAGCCAUCGGGAAGUUGGCCUUGGCAACAAAUGCAGAAAGAACAGGCAAAGCAAACGUCAACUACAACCGUAGAAGAACUGCCGAACACGAUGAUGUUACAUCGGAAUGAAGAUGGUGCAGAUUACGUCGAUACCCGAUCGUCCAUUGUAGACGUAAACGAACCAGAAUUCGAAGACGAUGCAGCCUUUAUCGUGGAAAGCACACUGUCAGCUGCACAAGAUGCAUACAAUGAUCACCCUAAAGGACAACGAAGUGCUGAAUUAUCGGGUAUUGACAAAAGAACCCCGUCUGCCGUCUUUGACGCCGAAAAGCCAAAAGAAAUGGAACUAGAAGAAUUGAAAAGGCAGAGCCAUCACGACAUGAAUUUCAACAAUCAUGAAACUCGCCAUCGUCCGAAAUCGGCGGAGCUCCAGAAAAUGGUAGCAGCUCAUGAGAAGUGGUCGACCGUAAAAAUUCCGGGAAUUGAAAAUGCGCAUGCUUUGGAACCUUUGAAAGAGUCGGACCAUGAAAUUCCGGUUCCUUCUAUUCCAAUUCCUGGUACCGGUAAAAAGUCUGUAAUUUCGUCUUCACUGGAGCAAUCGUCAGUGCCACCGGCAACGAGUACUCAUUUAUCAAAAAUGCCAGUUCCAGUCAGUUCUUCGGACAUCCCUCCAGUUAUCACCGACGAGACUAUGAGCGUGACGGAUGCACCCAGUUUAGAAAAUGAAACGGACGAGGAUUUACCAGACGGCGCUUACUUGGAGGAUCCCAAUGGUGUCGCACGGACAGUGACAAAAGAAGGAUUCACUUCGUCACCAGAAAUUACAACUACGCGACUCCACCAGGUAGCUGACACUGGGCACAAUGCUGUGCAAGGAGAGGCGUUGUCCAUCCGCUCGAAUAUUGGACCUCCUUCUCGUCCGGUAUCAGCGACUUCCAUAAACGACCGAGAAGACGAUAUCUCAAAGCAUGCUGCAGACAUCACGAAAGAUAUCGUUGUUCAUGCGGAAGGUUUUGGUUUGGCCGAAGAAUCGGAAGCGCAUGAUGAUACGGCGACGAACAUGAAUGCCUCGGCGAUAGUUCAGGAUGUUGUGCGAUAUGCCGAAACUAUUCCUUCUGCCGUUAAUUUAACAAUUUCUAGCUCAAACAGUUGAUAACGAAUUCUUGGGGCUUCCUUCUUAAACUCAAAAAUAUUUCCGGUGUAGGCAGCAGUUUGAAAAGCUGGGUAUGAUAGUUAUUUUCAAAUGGUAUUUAUUAUACACCGACACUCUGACGACUUUCUGUUUUUUAGGUUUUUAAAUCGUUCAUUAUGUAUAUCCAAAGUGCUCUUUCGGUGAACUUCCCUGAAAUUUCUAAAGGUGAUUUGUUAACUUUGAUUGACUGCUGCUGAAUUCUGUUUCUGUGCACGUCAUAAACUUUUUGCACACCCUUCAA